UUACUGGUGAGACUUCGGAAAGGAGUAGAGAGCAUUCCAGUUCCAGCAAUAAUACUAGGUAAAGGAGAAGAACGAGAACAAGGAGAGGGAGAAGGCUGAGGAGUGAGAAGGAAGGGUAUCAGUCCGAGCAAGACACUUAUACCCAUCCAGAUCCAGCUCGACAUCAUGUCUUGGUGCACUAUUGAAUCUGAUCCUGGUGUGUUUAGUGAACUUAUACAACAAAUGCAAGUGAAAGGCGUGCAGGUAGAAGAAUUAUAUUCAUUAGACCUGGAUUCUCUCUGCAAUCUUCGGCCAGUGUAUGGGUUGAUAUUCCUUUUCAAAUGGCGUCCCGGAGAAAAGGACGAUCGCCUUGUAAUUAAGGAUCCAAACCCAAAUUUAUUUUUUGCAAGCCAGGUUAUUAAUAAUGCAUGUGCAACCCAAGCAAUUCUCUCCAUUCUUAUGAAUUGUCCGGACAUUGACAUUGGGCCAGAACUGUCAAUGUUGAAGGAGUUCACAAAGAACUUUCCACCUGAACUAAAAGGCUUGGCAAUCAACAAUAGUGAAGCCAUACGUACAGCACACAAUAGCUUUGCAAGACCUGAGCCUUUCGUACCGGAUGAGCAAAAGGUUGCAAGCAAGGAUGAUGAUGUAUACCAUUUUAUAAGCUAUUUGCCCGUUGAUGGUGUUCUGUAUGAGCUUGAUGGAUUGAAGGAGGGACCCAUUAGCCUUGGACAGUGCCCUGGUGGAUCAGGUGAUAUGGACUGGUUGCGAAUGGUGCAGCCAGUGAUCCAGGAACGCAUUGAAAGGUACUCUAGAAGUGAGAUAAGAUUCAACCUUAUGGCAAUUAUCAAGAAUAGGAAGGAGAUGUACACUGCUGAACUCAAGGAUCUCCAAAGAAAGAGGGAACGUCUCUUGCAGCAGCUUGCUGCUGCACAGUCGGACAGAAUGGGGGAUAAUAGUAAUAUUGAAGCACUAAACAAAUCACUUGCAGAAGUGAAUUCUGGGAUUGAGGGUGCAACCGAGAAGAUACUAAUGGAGGAGGAGAAAUUCAAGAAACGGAGAACAGAAAAUAUUCGUCGAAAACACAACUACAUACCAUUUUUGUUCAACUUCCUCAAGAUUCUUGCAGAAAAGAGGCAGCUCAAGCCUUUGAUUGAGAAAGCCAAACAGAAAGCAUGCAGCACCCCUAAGUGAAGGGUCCCUUCCGUUCUGUUGGCUGUGGGACCCUGGUGAAAGUCCGGUAGUUAAUGCAAAAAUUUAAUUCUUUUGUAGCCUUUGUUAUGUCUAUAUUUUCUGAGAUAAGGAACGCUUGUUCUAUUUGAGAAAAUGCUUAAUCCUUGAUGAUCAAUGCCAUUUCAUCUUUCAAGUUUGAACAAGUUCAAA